AUGCCGAAAAAACCUUUGGAUGCUAAUAAACCUCGUGGACCAGUAACAGCUUAUGCAUUGUUUGUUCGUACAUGUCGUGAUGAAUUACGUCGUAAAUAUCCUCAAUUAACAGUUGAUUACAAUGUUAUAGCAAAGAAAUGUUCCGAACGUUGGAAAGUUAUGAGUGAUACUGAAAAAAAACGUUUUAAUGAUACAGCUGAUUUACAACGUAAACGAUAUAAAGAAGAAAUGGCAACAUAUUUACAAGAACAAUCAGUUAAACAACAGCAACAACAACAACAACAAUCUGCAACAUCAUCAAUAUUACUUCAAACACCAUCAACACAAUAUCUUGUCGAACCACAACAACAUACAUUAAUUAUACCAACACAAACACAACAAACAGCAACAACAACAAUUGUUACUGUACCAAAGAAACCAGCAAAAAAACGUGAAAGAAAACCAAAAGAUCCUCUUGCACCUAAGAAACCUUUGUCAGCAUAUUUUCUUUUUUGUGCUGAUGAACGACCAAAAGUUCAUGGUUCACAAACAGGUAAAGAAAAAUAUUUUAUUUGA